GUGUGUGUGUUGGCGUCAGGAGCAGGAAGUGUAUGCGUGCCUUUGUGCCCGAGAGUGAAUUUGUGUUGGGGAGUCGAACUGUACCAACAGCAGCACUCUUUCUUCAUUCCCUGUGCUUGCAUUGUUAUUUCACUUCGCCUCUGUUCUGCUCUGUGCGAUGGAUGGUGGGCAUCUGGAGAGCCUCCUGUUUCCGCCUCCUCGUGUUGCUUUACUACCAUGAGCAGUUCCACUCCAUCCACAGCUAAUGGCACUGACAGUAAAACAUUUAAAGGAGAACGAUCUCCUUGUGACCCCUCCCGUGUCCUCCAUAUCCGCAGAGUUCCCAUCGAAGUGUCCGAGGCAGAGGUCGUCUCACUAGGAAUUCCUUUCGGCAAAGUCACCAACCUGUUGUUGCUUAAAGGGAAAAACCAAGCUUUUAUAGAAAUGGCUUCUGAAGAAGCAGCAAUCACCAUGGUUAACUACUACACCACAGCCACACCCCAUGUCCGCAACCAGCCCGUCUACAUCCAGUAUUCCAACCACCGUGAGCUCAAGACUGAUAAUCUGCCCAAUCAGGGGAGGGCUCAGGCUGCUCUGCAAGCUGUCAAUGCAGUGCAUUCUGGGAAUAUGACUCUCUCUGGGACUGCGACAGGCAGUGAUGGUGGAUUGAUGCCGGGACAGAGUCCUGUGCUUCGUUUAAUAGUAGAGAAUCUCUACUACCCAGUGUCUUUAGAAGUGCUACACCAGAUCUUCUCAAAAUUCGGAACGGUCCUGAAGAUCAUUACCUUCACCAAGAACAACCAGUUCCAGGCCUUGCUUCAAUAUGCAGAUCCAAUGAACGCACAUCACGCCAAAGUGACUUUGGAUGGGCAGAACAUCUACAACGGCUGCUGCACUCUGCGUGUUGAAUUCUCCAAGCUGACCAGUCUGAAUGUGAAAUACAACAACGACAAGAGCAGGGACUUCACACGUCUAGACCUACCCUCAGGGGACGGACAGCCCACGCUGGACCACUCCAUGCAGACCGCUUUUGGGGCUCCUGGGAUAAUUUCCUCUCCAUACCCCGGGGCGGCUGGUUUUGCCCCUGCUAUCGGUUUCCAUCAGGCAGGCCUGUCUAUGCAGACGAUGCCUGGUGCUCUGGGACCUCUCACCAUCCCUUCAUCAGCAAUGACAGGACGGAUGACCAUCCACGGCAUGGCCCCCACCGCCAUCCACUCUGUGCUCCUCGUCUCCAACCUCAACCCCGAAAGCAUAUCUCCACACGGGCUCUUCAUUUUAUUCGGAGUGUAUGGAGAUGUUCACAGAGUCAAGAUUCUGUUCAACAAGAAAGAGAAUGCCUUAAUACAGAUGGCAGACGCCACGCAAGCCCAGCUCGCCAUGAGCCAUUUGAACGGUCAGCGUCUUCAUGGUAAGGUGAUCCGUGUGACCAUCUCGAAGCACCAGACGGUGCAGCUCCCCAGGGAGGGUCAGGAGGAUCAGGGCCUGACCAAAGACUUCAGUGGGAGCCCGCUGCACCGCUUCAAAAAGCCCGGCUCCAAGAACUUCCAGAACAUCUUCCCUCCCUCCGCCACCCUGCACCUCUCAAACAUCCCUCCCUCCACUACGGAUGAUUUUCUGAAAGACCUGUUUGCCAGUUCUGGAUACACAGUCAAGGCCUUCAAGUUUUUCCAGAAGGACCGCAAGAUGGCGCUGAUCCAGCUGGGUUCGGUGGAAGAAGCCAUCCAGGCUCUUAUCGACCUCCACAACCAUGACCUGGGAGAAAACCACCAUCUGCGAGUGUCCUUCUCCAAAUCCACCAUCUAGCACCGCCUUCACUAUAAACAUACCCUUUCCCCAUCCUCCCCGUUCCAGCCCUUAAACCUUCAGCAGUCUGACUGUUUCGUUCAGAGAAUAAGAGUGACUGCGAAACUCAAAAAAAAAACAUUACAGAUAUUCCUGGGGUAGUUUUAGAGAUUUCCAAAAAGAAAAAAAGAAAGAAAAAAAGCAAAUAAGAGACUACUGCAGGACCUUUAGACAGUCUUGAGAGUGAGUUUGUUUUACUCGCACAAAACCAGGGCUGGAGACACAUGGGAUAUCCAUGACAAAUGUGACGUUUCUGGGAACCUCCGUGUGGAGGAAGAAGGACUCCCUCUUUAGUCGACUGGCGAGGACUUUCUUGAUGUGAAACGCAAACUAACACGAUGUGAACAUUCUCAAAAAAGUCAAUACUGAGGAAGUUUCUUCACCGCACACUUGCCGAUUACAUUGGAGACUGACGCUCCUGUAGCCCAAUGGCCUUGAUACCCCAGACCUAAGUGAGGGCAGAGUCUCCUCUGUGCCUCCCCCAAAAAACAACACCUUCAUUCUCAUUGGCUGUUUCAACGGAGCGCCCCAUUUCCCAUGGGAUGUGUUGAACGCACAGUCACUGUUUGAAAGUCACUGACGUCAUCAUCAAGGUGCUGCUGGAAAAAAUAAAAUCUGUAGCGAUGGCCUUGACCAAUGGGCUUGUCCUUUUUCUUCAGAGUAGCAUUAAAACAAGAGUGCUAUGGAUUCAAGAAUGAGUGCAUUUAAAAUUUGCAACUGUUUCGGCUUACAAACCUUUUGUUUCUCGGCACUUUGAUUGCUUUGGGUUGAAGACAGGCACCGUGGGGAAUGUUUGGCAUCCUCACAUCUGUUUACUGUGCAAAGAUGUAUAGCCAGAUGGUAGGCAUCUGUGAAUAGAUAAUGAAUGGCGUGAUUUGUUUUUUUCUUGUUUAAUGAAAAUUUUAUAUUGGACAGACCGGCCUUUCGUGGGCUCUCUGCACCUGCAAUGCUGUCAAGAGAACAUGUUUGUGCAAUGGCGCAAUGUCAUUGUCCAGUCGAUCGGGUUCCUCUGAACCGGGGUGAACAUUUUCAAACAUGCUCGAUCAUUCCGGAAAACUUACGGCCAGCUGUCAACUUUACUGGAACGCUCCAAUCAGCAACGCCCAGCCAGAUAAUAGGCUCCGCCUCCUAAGUGAAAUUCCCAAUGUGAAUGGUAUAGCCCGUGAUCUUGAUGGGAAAUUGAUGAUUUCCUCCAUUCUGUUCCCCUUUGCUCUCAGUUGAGUCUUUUCCUUUCGUUCUUCUUGUUUUCCAUCUUUCCACACAGGGGCAGAAGGUUCUGUGCUCGUUACUCUGUUUUUUCACUCCUCGGCUCUGGUCACAGGUGUGAGAGUUUGCAGCCAUGGGCUCUGUAGAAACUGUAGUGAAGCCCAUUGAGCCACAGCAAAAAAAGAGGGCGGCACUCUCUUUUGCCUUGCAGUCCCACACUAAAUGCCUCUGCAUCUGACCAAACCAAAUAUUUAAGCAAAGAGCGAAUCUGAAUGAUAUGGAGAUGCCAACUAGUUUCCAAAACCUAACGAGCUCCUGCAUAGGCAGCUGCCUUCUAAUGCAGCAUAUUAAUUGCCAUGAAAGGCCAUAAGGGACUAAUCUGAACUGACUGAUCUGCACAGGAAACCCGCCUCCAAUAGAGUCCAGGCAAGUUUUCUUCAAGAGGUGAUGGUAAACUGAGUCUGGAUCAUUGGGAAGCUGAUAAUGCAGUAGAAAAUAAAAAGAACCCAUUGCUAUCUACGUUAGAUGUGGCACUAUUUCUGAUGUAAUCUGUGCUUUUGCACUACUUCCGACAAAAAAAGACUAAUGGACAAAUUUGGAACUUUGGCUUUAUUUACUAUAGACAGUCUAGAAAUGUUGCAAUGCACUGCGACAAAUAUCACACACUAUGUAAAUGUAAAAAUACAUAGAAAGUGCUCAAUAUUUACUUGUGCUUUAUGUUUAUACACAGGUAUUGCAACAUUAGCUUAGCUACAUGCUAAUGUCAAACUCCUGAAUCGGUUGAUUUGGUUAAUUUUAGGGUAUUCGGCCUCAUACGAAACAUCAACACUGCAGUCAAAAUAAUACAUACAAUUUUUCUUUAUUCAGGAAGUUUAUUCAUAAUCGACAUUUGCCUUGAUUCGCCCACCAUAUUGAAUGAGCUUCCCAGUGCAUUCUGGUAAUGCUUUAUCCACAAAGGAUACAUGCAAUGCUGCCUUAGAUUUUGGCCAAAAUUAGAUAUCUUAGAAGGCUGGAACAGCUUUUGUGCUGGGAGCAUGAUUGUGAUGCCUUAAAAUGCUGUCUAAGUAGAUAGCUCACUGGGUUUUGGAACAUGGCAAUGGUGUGCACAUACAGAAGCUGAUUCUAUAUGUAAGCGUUUAGUUAGUACUAGUGUAUUAUUACCGGUUUUAUCAGGAUUCUUUCGUAUGUGAUGAUAUAUGAUGACUCCCUUGUGCGUACAAGCAAGGCACUGUCUCAUUUAGUGGAAAUCUGGCCUUAACAUUCCAAGGAAGGUCACCGAAGACCUGUUGAGUAGCAUCUAAAGGGAGCAGCUUCUGUGCAUGUGCACUAGAUCCUCUUUUAAUGUCCGUUUGAGUCACAGUUAUGAAAUAAAUCAAGAAUGUUCAUGCAAGGCAAGGGACAGUGACUUUUUUUGUCUUUGACUGAUGUCACCUGAAGCGAUUCGAAACUUCGCUUUCACUUCUCAAAAGAAAUUGAAUUUUGUUGAAGUUUACAAUCUCAAAGCAAACUAUUCAGGUCUAUAUAUCUUAAGGAUUGUCAAGAUUUUUUGAGAAAAAAAAGUUACUUAUUUUUGGUAAUUUGUUCUUUUUUAUUGAAGAGUAAAAAAAAAUCAAAUUUGAAACCUCAUCGGGUUUUUGUACCACUAUAAUCAUUCAAGAAAUCAUGGUGAAAAGUGAAAAAAAAAAAAACAUUUACUGUGUAUUUACCUAAUUUCUUAUUACGUGCCUUAUUAUGUGUUCAUAAUCAAAUAGGUUUUAGAAAUUUUACCUAAAAUAUCUUAUGUUCUAUUUUGUGGGAUUGGUGAGAGGGUUGAUUUAUUUUGAUCUUGAUU